AUGGGGUGCAGAACGAAGUGCGGGAGCUCAACAUUCAGACCAACCGUCAACAAGAGAACUGGCGGCCCGCCUGGACGGUGUCACAACCCGUUGCCACUGCCGCCCCGCUUGCAACCACCGCCCCGCUCUGGCCUCCCUGCUCCGGCCGAGGUCUGCGCCGCCCAGCUACCCGCCCCGCACCACCCGCUCUGUGGCUGUAGGUCGCCCUCCAGCUGCAACUUGCCCCGCGUCGGCGUCCACGUUGAGCACAACGUCCACGCCUCCCGCCCCGCCCCGGCGAGCUCGACCCCCGCCCCCACCCCGUUCACGGACGCCUCCAGGGCUGCCCCGCCAGCGCCCGGCGAACUCGUGGCCGAAUCCUCCAGCGAAACUGAAGGGUUCGGCGUCCGCGUUGAGCACAACGUCCAUGCCUCCCGCCCCGCACCAACCACACCCAACUCCGCCCUGAGCUCGACCCUGCCCCACCCCGUCACGAACGCGUCCAGAGCCGCCCCGCCCUCACCCGACAAACUUGUGGUCGGCUAG